UUGCACUUGCACAAUAACAACAUGUUGCGUAAUAUUCUUCAAUCUACUUCUUCUGCUUGUUUAAAGAAGAGCAAAUUUAUUUCCUCAUCAUCUUCAUUGAUUUUUACUCACAACAACAAUAAUAGACAAUUCCACAGCAAUCACACCAGUAGAGUUGAACAUCCAAAAAUCAAGCCAAUCGAUUCAGUGGGUUUUUACAACUUUUCCAGAGAUUUUGCAAUUGCUAGUGCCAAGGCUUCCCGAUUAAUUGAUUUAAUCUUUGCUGUUAGGAAUGAAAAGAAUGAUAUCAAGAAGGAAGAAGGUUUGAAAGCCUACUCACAAAUGAUGCUCGGCCUCUACAUGUUCAAUAUGCUCACCAUGAAGGAGGAGAACAUUCCAGCAUUGAGUAAAGCCAUCUCCCUCUUUGAACAACUUCAAACCAUACCAAGUGGCUCUGAGGAAAACUUUAAAUUGAGAGAAGAGAUGGGCAUUGAAUUUGCCAAAUCCUUCUCCUCCAAUGAUCCAACACUCGAGAGUUUAAAGAAGGUUUCUGUGGAUGAACGUGGUAAUAUCGUGAGACAGGGUUCCUUCUUGAUUGCCUAUCCAUUCCUGAGGAGUUUAUUACUCGAGAGGGAUUUCAUUGGUGAGGCAGAGAAGAGUGAAGGUAGAGUGAGUUUGGAAGAUUUUGUUAUUAAUUUGCCAUCUGCUGGAGCUGGAGAGAAUACUUUGAAUGAAGCAAUUAGUCAAUCGGCAAAGAAGAUUGAAAGAAUUUCACAAUACUUUGUACCAGAAUUAUUCGAAAAGGCAAAGGUUGCCAGUUCUUCACACAAUCACUUGUUGGAUCCAUCGAUGAGAGAUGCCAUCUAUCAUUACAAUUAUUCACUUCUUACUGUAUUAUAUCAGAGACAAAUUCUCUAUCAAAUGGCAAGAUUGAAGAAGAAGGAUUUGGCAUCAAUGAGCAAGGAAGAUAUUCAACAAUUAGUUGAGAAGGCUUCUUCAGCAGAAUUUGCCAUGUCCAUUGCUGGAAAUCCUAACGAUAAGCUUGUUAUGGCUGCUAUUACAGAUUUGCAUAUUCACGCUGUAUAAAGUUUGUUUGUUCAAGG